AUGGACGACGGCUGUAGCUACGUCUUAUUUGGAAAUUGUUAUGAAGGAAUUAAAGAGGAAUGGGAAUUAUAUUUUGAAAAAGCAGAACGCGCAUUAGCUAAAUUAAUCAGUGAAAAGGAUAAAAAUAGCAAAGUUGAGACUAUUUUAUUGGAAACUCGUGAAUGGAAACAAAGGUGGCUUGAUGAUUUAUCUAACUACUCGCCUGAUGACGACUAUAGUGACUCUAAAGAGUACAAGGCGUUAACAAUUAAGCACAGCAUCCGUAUUGUUCGACCUUAA